CCUCAAAACAAAUCAUUAUUUGCAAAAAGCCAAAAGGCGAAAAUACAAAUUUCACCGAAGUUUUCCAUCCUUCACUCUUAUCGACAGGAAUCUCUCUCUCUCUCUCUCUCUGUCUGUGUGCGCGCUUCAAUCCUCCUUGCUGUUGCUGUUGCGAUUUGUUGGGGUUUCAAUUUCACCACAAAUGCGACGUAAUUGUUUUCACAUAUCAUUAGCAUUCCUGCUUAAACUCUUCAAUUUUCUUCAAGCAUUCAUUGGUGUGUGCAUCAUUCUCUACUCGGUAUGGAUGCUCAAUCAAUGGAACCACCGCGUUCCCUCUCCUCCUCCGCCCCUUGUUUUGCCAUCUCUGGAUUCUUCUUCUCUCUCACGUUUACCCAAUUCAAAUUCCCAUUCUCUUAGGGUUCUUAACCUCGUCACCGAUGUGGCUUAUGGGAUCGAUGAUGGACUCGGGCUUGAUUUUAAUUCUUUCAAGCUUCCAGCCCCGUGGUUCAUCUACUCUUUUAUGGGCGUGGGCAUUAUAUUGUGUACAAUUACUUUCAUCGGGUGCAUUGCAGCUGAAGCUAUCAAUGGCUGUUGCCUGUGCUUUUACACCAUACUCAAGACUGUACUAAUUCUGCUAGAAGCAGCUUUGGUGGCAUUCAUUGCAAUUGAUCUUAGCUGGCAGAAGGAUCUUCCGCCUGAUCCAACUGGAGAACUUCAAAGCCUUAGGUCUUUUAUUGAAGAAAAUGCAGAUAUAUGUAAAUGGGUUGGCAUUACAGUGAUCACAAUACAGGCACUAGCUCUACUGCUUGCAAUAAUCCUGCGAGCUCUGGUUUCUACUCACAGAACAGAUUCAGAAUUUGAGGAUUAUGAGAAUGUUGGAGGUAGAAAUUGGGAUCCACUCCUAAAUCAAUCGGGGCAAACAUCUGGCUCAGGGAUUCAUUCAGACAUCUGGAGCUCACGGAUGAGAGAGAAGUAUGGAUUGAACGGUGGUGAUAAAGCUAAUGCACUGAAUCAGAAUGCAUCAAUGAGCAUGAAAUCCAUGUAAUUCAGAUUAGAGAAGCUGUGUCCCACAAAUCAAAUAAAAGGAGUCUCACACUGUUACAAAGUAUAUAAUGUUGUUAUUUGGUUGCAUUAAUUGUUGGUGUUGGUGUUGAAGUUGUGAUGUGUAUAGCUUAAAAUUGCUUUGUACUGUUCUUUUAACAUUUUCUGUAAAGACGAAACGUUUUGUGCUUCUAAUGUUUUGUGUUCAUUAUUAGCC